UUUCUUUUUUGUUUCUCUGUUCUGAAAUUAAAAAAGUUAUAAUCUUAAAUUCGGAUUUGUUCUAAUCUAAUCUCUGUCCAUUUGAUCCACUUGAGUUUUAAGACUAAUCAAGAUUUACUUCUGGUCUCUCCCCCCUUUUGUUUUGUCUCUUUCUUUCGCGUUUCCCGCAUUUCCCCGGGAAAAAUCCCAAAAAAGCUUCCCACUUUCUGAUCGCCUCCUUAUCAAUCCUUGAAACCAUUAACGACCCAUUGUUUCUCACCUGAUUUUUCGCAAACCCUUUUGUUUUAAUUUGCAUUCUGGUUAUAGAAAAGAAGGAUGACGACGACAAUGGAAGCGGUGAUGGAGAUAAGUACGGUGGAUGAUAUCAUAAGAAGACUAUUAGAAGGCAAAGGAGGCAAACAGGUUCAGCUCUCCGAGAUCGAGAUCCGUCAACUCUGCGUUAACGCCAGACAAAUCUUCCUCUCUCAGCCUAAUCUCCUCGACCUCCAUGCCCCCAUUCGCAUCUGCGGUGAUAUCCAUGGACAAUACCAAGACCUUCUUCGUCUAUUCGAAUACGGAGGCUACCCUCCUUCAGCGCACUACCUCUUCCUCGGAGACUACGUCGACAGAGGCAAGCAAAGCCUCGAAACAAUCUGCCUCCUCUUGGCUUACAAGAUCCGCUACCCGUCCAAGAUCUUUCUCCUGAGAGGCAACCACGAAGACGCCAAGAUCAACAGGAUCUACGGCUUCUACGAUGAAUGCAAACGGAGAUUCAACGUCAGGCUAUGGAAGAUAUUCACCGACUGCUUCAACUGUCUUCCCGUUGCUGCCCUCAUUGACGACAAGAUCCUGUGUAUGCACGGCGGGCUGUCGCCGGAGCUGGAGAAUUUGGAGCAGAUUAGGGAGAUUGAGAGGCCUACUGAGAUUCCGGACAAUGGUCUUCUUUGUGAUUUGCUUUGGUCUGAUCCUGAUCAGAAGAGGGAAGGAUGGUCUGAUAGUGAUAGAGGUAUUUCUUGCACGUUUGGUGCUGAUGUGGUUGCUGAGUUCUUGGAUAAGAAUGAUCUUGACCUUAUUUGCCGCGGUCAUCAGGUAGUGGAAGAUGGGUAUGAGUUUUUUGCUAAAAGGAGAUUAGUUACUAUAUUCUCUGCUCCAAACUAUGGUGGAGAGUUUGACAAUGCAGGUGCAUUGUUGAGUGUGGACCAGUCUCUUGUGUGCUCUUUUGAGAUUCUGAAACCUGCUCCAGCUUCAAGCAGUACUCCUCUCAAGAAGGUACCAAAAAUGGGCAAGUCUUGAAACUCAAGAAAGGAUGUUCCCUUGAGGCUUGGUUUCAUAAGCUCAAGCUAGGCUUUAUAUGCAUUACUUCAGAUGUAGGUAAAGUGCAACGGAGAAGAGAAACUUAAAGACUAGUUUACUUAGUCAUCAAAGAAGAACAAAAGAGAGAGAGAGACAGAAGACAAAAAGCUGUAAUCCAAAAUAUUCUUUGUGUAUAGUUUGCAUAAACUUCUCUUCUCUGCUUCUUGAACUUUUCAUCUCCUUUUGGUUUGUUUUCUUGUUCUUAUGUUUAUUCAUUUAAGUUAUAGAGUGCCUCUCCUCUUUUGCUUUUUCUUAUUUUCUUGUAUCAUCAAAUACAAUUUCACAAACUUUCAUUCACCAUAACAGU